CGGACAUCAGCUAUGGGUUUGUGCGGGAGGCGGUAUGUUAAAGUAAGGUAGGCUACUAAACCGGCUUCACACGCAUCCCUAAGAAGUUCACGGGAAGACUUCAAGUAUAGAAGAAGGGAGAAGAAAAUAAUGAAUGAGCAUUUCUUUCCAGAAAUAUAACUUUGUAGAGAGACAAGCAAGUCUAGUUGACUCCUCGUGUAAGAGGACUAGUGUAUGAUCGCUGACUAUUACAGUUCCCACUACAAGCUUGUUUUGUUUUUUAACUUUUUUAUAUAAACGUUACUUAUUGUGUAAAUGCAACGCUGCUUGAUAUAUGAAAAGAGCAUGGCACCAGAAUCCAGGAACGGAGGGCUUUCACUGAACAACAGCGGCAAGGACAACAGCAGGAGAAAGCUUCUGGUCGGAGUGGAUCUGUUCUGCUUGUUUCUAGCUGGCCUUCCUUUCCUGGUCAUCGAGACCAGCGCUGUGCAGCCGUACCGCCGCGGCUUUUACUGCAGCGACGCAUCCAUCAAGUACCCUGCCAAGGGCGGAGACACCAUCAGCGACGGCGUGCUUAGCGCCACCGGCAUUCUAAUCACCAUCCUGUCUAUCAUCGUGGGGGAGAGCUACCGGGUGCGCUUCCUGAACGAGGGCUCCAAGUCCUUCGUGGGGAACCCCUACAUCGCCGCGCUCUACCGGCAGGUGGGCGUGUUCAUGUUUGGCUGCGCCAUCAGCCAGUCCUUCACGGACAUAGCCAAGGUGUCCGUGGGCCGCCUGCGACCUCACUUCCUGGCCGUGUGUAAACCCGACUUCUCCACCAUCAACUGCUCGCUGGGGUACAUCACUGAGUACCAGUGCCAAGGCCCUGAGAGCCGCGUGCAGGAGGCCAGGAAGUCAUUCUUCUCGGGACACGCCUCCUUCUCCAUGUACACCAUGCUGUACCUGGUGUUCUACCUGCAGGCCCGGUUCACCUGGCACGGGGCCCGCACCCUGCGCCCCCUGACCCAGUUCACCCUGGUCAUGCUGUCCUUCUACACCGGCCUGUCCCGGGUGUCCGACCACAAGCACCACCCCGGAGACGUGCUGGCGGGUUUCGUACAGGGCGCCCUGGUGGCCUACUGCAUCGCCUUCUAUGUGUCAGACCUGUUCAAGCCCAAGGGCAGGCGUUCUACCAUCUGCCCGGCGCCCAUAAAGAAAGAUCUCCCUCCAGCGGACAUCAGGGAGCGUAGUAAUCACCUCAUCAUGGCAUAGGGUCGGGGGACCCUAACCUGACCUCUGACUCCCAACAACAAUCACUACUGCAUCCACUGAACCAAAUCUGAACAAUCAGGAUUCAUCAUCAACGUCUCACAUCCGAGAAGAAGACGAGUUAGUGGAGCUUCUGCCUUAUGUAUUUAGCCAAAACGCAACACUAUCUAAAUGUGAAACUAAAUGCUAAAGGCUAGCUAGCUUAUUGCUAAGUAAGAAAGAUGCCUGGACAGCUUCAAUAGCGAGACGAAAGCAAGCAUCCAGGGCUCUUCCUCGCUUCCUACCCCACUUGCCAACGACUCUCCACGAACUAAACAAAGAAACUGUGAAACAGAGGUGGGGAAUUGAGAGGAGUGGUGGCGCGACGGACGCCGUGAGAUGUUAACUGCUACCGUGCUUUGCUGUGGCCCAGAGUGGAAAACUCUGUCUGUUCACUCACCGCAAACCGGCUGGGACACAAACUAUUGACAACGGAACAAAUUCCUUAUUACAGGAAGGAUGUUUGAAUGGUAUUAGUUAUAUAUAUAUAUAUAUAUAUAUAACAUAUAUAUCUCUAUGUGUGUAUAUGUAUUUGUGUGUCUGUGUGUGUGUGUGUGUGUGUGUGUGUGUGUGUGUGUGUGUGUGUGUGUGUGUGUGUGUGUGUGUGUGUAUGUAUAUGUAUGUGUGUUAAUCAAAGAAGAGUUACCUAUAAGUUUGAUGCAUAGCACAAUUUUAUCCAAAGUCAUUAUUAAUUGUCACCACUUUAACAAACUAAAGUGAAGCCAUUCUGGAAAAGCUUUGUAAGUGCGUUAUUUUUUAAUAUUAGAUAAUAAUAAUGAUGUCCAUCAUUAUAAUUGUUAGCGGGCCGACGGUAACUGGAAUGUACAGUGAACUGUUGUGUGAUGGAUGGGAAGAGGGGGGCUUUUUCUGCUGGCAUGGAAGGGCCCCAACUGAGCCUGUUAAUGAAAUGACUGUCUGUGCACCAGAGCUCACUGCUCACAAGAGUGAUGAUUCUGAAUGAGGGCGCGUAUGUUUUUACCUGUGUAUUUGUCUGGACGUUUUUCUCUGUCUCUGUCUCUUAGUCUGUGUCUGUCUGUGUCUGUCUGUCUAUCAGUCUACGGCUGCAUGUGCAUAUGUGUUCAUGAUAAUGCUUCUUUUUGGAAAUACUGAAUUGCUGUUUUUGUUUUGCUCCACUGAAAGCCUCUUAAAACAUUGUUCUGCAUUAGCUCGAGUGCCACACAGCACUCAUUGUGUUCAAUGAGUACCUCUGUACCUCAGCAAAGCCAAUGGGUUCAACAGUUUAGUUUAGCCAGUCAAAAACCCAGUAGAACAAUGUCUUAAGACAGGUAUCAGUUGAGUAGAGAAUACUUCAACACAGCUGAGACUGGACAGGGGGGGGAAAAUUGACAAAAAAAACUCACAAACACUGUGGAACUCAUUUUUAAACUUGGCAUACUCAGUUCAUGAGAACCUGCAUGAUAAUACUACUACACCAAGUACACCAGGACCUGCACAAUGAACCGGGACCUGCACAAACAAUAGUUGUUUUGUACAUUUUUGUGAAACCACGAGGUGCCGAAAGAAAGUAUAAGCCGAUUGUGACAAAGGAAAUUUGUAUUACAUAAUCAUAUUUUUUAAUGAGUCAAUAUUGCUGUCAUUAAGGCACUGCAUCAUUGUUAUUGUUAAUUACAUGUUUUUUGUGUAAUGUGUUUUUUGCAAGACAUUGCUGUUCUUCAAAGUUCAGCAACAUGUAGUUAGACCGGUGAGUCUCUUCGCAGAGGUUCAGAUUAAAGACCACUUCAAACUGACCUGAGUUCAGUUGAAUUUAUUGGCACAAAUGAUGCUCUUACUUUGUUAACGUUAAUAAGGAGCCUAUCUCUUUCUUUUCUGCCCUAGAAAUCUUUGUUACAUUACCAUAUGAAAGUAUUUAGGCUAAAUGUACUCAAUACUGAAUGCUUGUGUUUCCUUUACAUUUGUUAAACCAAUGCCUACUAAUUCCUGAAAAGCAUUGAGACCUGUGUAUGAUGUCCACCAUGCUGCUUUCCGAGGCGUUCAUUGACUGAUGUAAUGAAGUGGGCUACACAUACGUUAGCAUUUAAGGAAAAUACAAAAAAGCAUUCCCAAAGCAGAUUGCUCCAGUGCAUUUGUUAAAAAUAAUUGAAGUUCUGAUAUUUUUAAAAUGUCUCGUAUGAGUUUUUGUUUGCCAAGGCCAAAUGUUUCAUCGAACAUCGUCAUGUCUAAUAAAAAAAAUACAGAAGAUCAA